UGCAUGUACCAGGAAAGCUAACAAGGAAAAAUACAGUGGAAUUAUUUUUUAAUGAGUCAAUUUUAAUUUGUGAAAAUAUUCUACAUUUUGACACUAACAAAGCUCUUCGCUUCACACAUCCAUUUACAAUAUGAAAGCUCUGAUUUUCAUGCUCUGCCUUGUGAUGAGUUCAGGAAGACCUGUGAUUCACAAUGGAAGAGUUAUAGGAAGCAUCAGUGCUGAGAUGAUGCUUCGACAAGGCUAUGGUAAUGUUAUGAAUACACCCCAGAUCCAGGCAGGGAAUGCUAAACCUUUCGACACGACUGCUGGCUUCCCCUCAGUUCUUCCGAUGCAAGUCGAGGGUCAGAUGCCCCAGCCGCCUCUCACACCACAACAGCAAGUUAUGAAUAUGGAUCCCAUGUAUGGAAAUUUCCAAUUGAUAUCAUUUAUGCCUCAGGUUCCAAUAGUGUCAGAUCAACAGACUCAGGGUGGAUUCACAUACCUUCCAGCGAUACAACUUAUAAGUCCUCUCUCCAACACUGAUGUUCAGCCACCAAUGUACACAAUCAUGAUUCAGCAGGCACAAACAGCUGGGUCAGCAAGUUCUGAAGAACCCCAGCUUCAACCAAUUGUAUACAGCGGAAUUUUAAUCCCAGUAAUUACUGGAGGAAUUAACAGGGGCAUCACAAAGAACGAGGGCGGCGGAGCAACGGAGGAAGACAUCCCUACUCCUAGGGGUAUUUUGCCAACCCCAGAAAACCGUGAGCCUACGGACGGUAGAGGGGACCAAGGCACAGAUCCUGCCCACCAGGGGAGUAGCCCAACCACUGCAAUGCCUGAACUCCCGGGGGGAACCGGCGCAGUCCCUGAAAGUCCUCACCCGUCGGCUAAGAGAAGAAAGCCAGCCGGCGUCCACAGGGGCGGUGGCGCGGGCGAGGUAACUCCGUGCGAAGCGACACCGGCGACCUUAAGGAAGACGCCGUCGACGAGACCGGGCGACGGGGCCGUGUUUGUGGAGCCGACAGCGACAGCCGAUACCCUUCCUCGGGGCUUCUCGCGUCUGUCUCCGACCACGGCGGCCGCAGUGACCGCUCAGGGAGCCGCAGGGAUACCCCGAGGCGACGUCGUCUAAAAUCUAAACCCCGUGUCUGUGCCCACUAGCAGGUGGCAACUCAACAUUUAGAGUCGCGGGGUUUAGGCAAAGCAUGUUGGGUUAAGACCCAUUCCCAUGAUUUUCGGCCAGGCAUCCUCAGAAACUGUUCAGCUAUCUCUCGGUCGCAAAAGGGGAACAGUUCAUCCCCACUUCAAGCAGUGAAUAAAAUCAUUACCCUCACUGAGGAUCUGUUCUGACCCCCGGUUUCCCUUUCAAUACUUAUUUUGAAGUAGUUGUAUUAUUACAUAUUUCACUCACUUUGCACGUGUUUUUUUUUUACUUUUUUUGUGAUGCACUUUAUUUUUCGCAGAUAAAUUCUCUUAGAUUUUAUCGAACACGGCACCAUUAUUGUGUACAAUAUCGUAACAGGAAAAUUUUAGAAUUGCAGGUCAUUCUUGUUACGAAAAGUGUCAUUCAGAGCCUGCAUGCUGAUGCAUUAUUUGUUCAUGAUUCUUAAAUCCCCUUUUUAUAGUCUGAAUACCGUGUUGUAUUAUUGUUUUGGCAACUCUGAUGUGAACACGAUUGAUGAGAGAGAGCAUUUAAUGUUUUUUGUUCUUUUUACCUUUCUCAGGACAAUUUGUCUUUUGUUCUGAUGUUCAUGUGCUGGAUCAUGUGAGCAGCUUCUGGGCUUUGAAGGUGUCUGUCAUUGUAUUGAGGGGUCAGUGCAAAAGCAUUGCAAUGUACAAUGGAGCAUUUUUUAAUAAAUAAU